AUGCCAAAUAUUCGAACUUUGCACGACAACAAAGACGACGAGGGAAGUGGUUCGGAAAGUGAAGGCGAGAAUAGGCGCCAAGGAUUCUACGUUGGUGGCUCUGAGACCAGUGGGCAACAAGUUUUGGGCCCACCCGGUCGCGAUAGAAGAGAAGGCGACUUCGCCCAAAACUUCUUUGAUGCCGCACGACGUGCUGGAGCUGAGGCAGUCACGGGAGAAGCAGCACAACGUCGUGGAAAUCAACCGCGUGGUGCGCAGGUGGAUGAAAAUGCUGAGGAAGGACAGAACACGCGCGAAAUUUGUUUGACUAUGUGGGCGAAUGGAUUUUCGGUUGAAGAUGGUCCACUUCGUUCUUUUGAUGAUGCUGCAAAUCAAGCCUUUUUGCAAGAGAUCAUGCGGGGCCACAUCCCAAUGGAACUCCGGCGUCAAUAUCCAACGGAUCAACUUGAACUUCGCAUGGAAAGAAAGCUAGAAGACUACACGCCUCCAAAGCCUAAGCCAUUUGGAGGUUCUGGACAUCGACUAGGUGCCGUUGUUCCUGAAGUCGUAUCAACUUCUUCGGCAGCUACUACUUCAAGCUCUGCGACUUCAGAGCCUUCUGAAGAUUUGACAGCUAAGGCACAAGCCGAAGUUAAACUCGAUGAGGGCGCUCCCAUUACACAGGUGCAAGCUCGAAUGCCUUCAGGAAGUCGCCUGGUUGGCCGCUUCAACCAUUCGCAUAUAGUUGCUGAUGUUCGCAGCUUCCUGGUCAGCGCUUCGCCAGACCUGGCCUUUGCACCAUUUCGUUUAAUGACUACUUUUCCCAAUAAGGUUAUCGAAGACGAAUCUCAAUCGCUGAAGGAUGCUGGUCUCAUCAAUGCCGUUGUCGUCGUCAAGCCUAAUCUU